UUAAAAACGAGACUAUACAAGAUGAAACAGCAAUGCAUAUUUUGUAUGUUAUUUCUGGCUUCUAUAUAUUCUAAUGGCAAAGGUUCUAUUGAAAGUCUUUGUCAACCUGAAUCACCAAGCAUCCCUGAUUACGGAAAGGUUUGGUGCAAUAAUUCAAACAGACCAAAUUCUGUAUGUAUCUUCGCAUGUGAACCGUAUCAUACAUUAGUUGGUGCAAAUAAGAGUGAAUGUGUUGAAACGAUCAGCGGGGCAAGUUGGACAAAAGCUAAUAUUGAGUGCAAACCUGACCAAUGUGAACCGGUGAUAAAUUCACUACCAAACGGAGUGGUCACGUGUUCUCACGGAAGCAAGGUGAGAUCAGUUUGUCACUACAAAUGCAUAACACCUGGAACUAGCAUGUUCUUGGGUAUGAAAAAUACGAAUCGCUGUUUACCUUCGAAGAAAUGGGAUGUGAAACCACCAUGCUGUCAAGCACCAUGUCCAUCAAGAGCUAAGAUGGAUGCUGUUAUCAUGUUGGAUUCAUCUUCGUCUUUGGGCGCGGGCAAUUGGCAAAUUGUGUUUAACUUUGUUCAAAAAUUUGUCAGAGCAUUUCCAAUAUCUGAGAAUUUGACGCGGUUUGCCAUGUUUCGGUACAACAAGCAAAUUGACGAAAAGUCUGUCUCUCAUUUGGAGGAUUAUGAUCGCUUGCUAGACGGAUUACUGUACAGAAUGAAUUCAAUGGCAUAUAAUGGAAGGGGUACAUGGUCCGGAAGGGCUCUACAAUAUGCAGAAGAAAAAAUAUUGAAAUCAGCAGCGAAUCGACCUGAUGCAAGAGAUCUCGUUAUUUUGCUGACCGAUGGAAGAUCCCAUGACGAUGUCGCGGGUCCAGCAAAUAAGAUUAGGCAAAUGGGAAGAACGAUUAUUGUGAUAGCAAUCCCGCCACCAAAAGGAGCUUCAUCUCUGGAUACACUUCACGAUAUUGCCGGAGAGUCUUCAAAUUUAAUCGAAAUCGACGGAUACUGGGGGCUGGACGAUGAACUUUUGCGGCUGCUCAUAAAUAAAAUUUGCAACGAAAUAUGCAUAAAUACUAAUCUUAGAGAAUGAAGCAGUCAGAAUCUUUGUUGUGUUGUAUAAUUUGGUCAACUGGACAUGCUAUUUCUAAUUCAUAGCAGAUAAUAUUUCAUAUAUUUGUUUAAAUGCAAAAUACGUGAACAAGGUUCAAUGGACAGAGUCAUUGUAACCACUUAUAUACACACGUUGUCGUAUCAAAUCUGUGUACCUUUGCCCCAAUAUUCUUUUCUACUCGCGAAUAUUUGUGUUCCAACCAUAUUUUCCUUCAUUUUUUUUAAUAAAUAUAUUUGUUAGAAAUCAAGGCAGAGCACAUAUUGCAACUAAAUCUUAGUUAUGGACGCAACGAUUUUACAAGUCAUUGCAAGGUCUAAUUAUAUCUCAUUUUUGCCUUGGUUGGUCAUCUUCUUACAUGGAUUUAAUGAAAAUACAGUACG